AUGAGUCAGGAACAUCAACGGGGUGUUUUGGGUAAUGUGAUGACUGAUGUGACUUCUAUCUUUAGUGAUAUUGACGGUACACUCGUACACUACGCACAUACGAUGCGGAAAAUGGGAUACUCUCCUCUCUCGGAUGAGGAGCGAGAAAAGGAAGAGAUACACAUGCAGGAACAUCAAGAGAAACUGGAUAAAGAAAAAAAUACACCUCCGUUUAAUUCUAUAAAUAAAGUUGAGGAUAUUGUGCAGUCUCUCUUACAUUGGCGUUACCCUGGAGAAAUGCGCCGUGCACGUUUUAAAUCACUACCGUUGCAGUUAUGGCGUCACCACCUAACGGGUCGUAUUCUUCGUAUGUAUGAAUUAUACAACAAAACACUCCAAGGUGCACUUAUCUCUGAAGACACAGUACUUUUCCUUGAGUUUAUGCAAGACUUGCCAACUGUAUUGGUUUGCAACGGCUAUACAUUGCGGCAUGAGGACUCAUUGCUCGUAGCUCUUAUCACCGGUGCUCGUACAACCACAUAUUGUAAUCGCCGUAUAAGUGGGGGAUUACCACAAUCUACGUAUGAAGCGUGUGAAGGGGGAGGCAAACUGUGGUGCCGUAGGCGUUCUUCUUCUUCUUUAUCCUCCACUUUUACUACUACUACUACUACUACUACUACUACUACUACUACUACUACUACUACUACUACUACUACUUGUUGUCGUGAUAAUAAUGGUGGUGAUCUCUUUUUACCAAUGCUUUAUCCACACGAUGCGGAGAUACCACUUGAUACACGUUGGCUGCAGCGAUUCAACGCCAUUACCGGCGCCUGUGAUGUUAUGAUAACAACAACAAAAGUAACUGAAGGAAAAAAGAAGUCAGGGCCGUUGUGGGAUGUUUUUGAGUUACUGCGUGCGGAUGGCUUCACUGUGGAUGAUGUUGAUAUGACCACAUCGUUUCUCAUUGAUAUUCCCCGAAGUCCGGCAGUAAUGACUGGUGGACGUUUUAACAGUGCGGCAGAGGCGGAGCGUUACUUGGCGGCGCAGUUCGACAAUGUGUGGGGUCCAAUGUAUGGUGUUGUGAUGCAUGUGAAUCUCGGUAAAGGCCAGGUGAAUGCGGCGGGUUGUGGAAAGAAGGAAGUGAUGACAUACAUAUUGGAAGAGUCAGAGGUAUCCUUUUUAUCCUCCCAACAACAACAACAAGAAGAAGAAAAAGAAAAAGAAAAGGGAAGAAAAAAACCUCUGGUAAAGAGGGAUGCAGUGGCGUUAUUUGAUGAUUGUAAUGAUAUCCCAUUCGCUGUGGAGUGUGGUGCUGGUCUCUUGCCCUCUGUUGCCCACGAGGAGGUCCUCCUGCAUGAGUCUGCAAACCAUCAUUGGUUUAGAGCCCCACAUGAUGGUCCACUUGGUACUGAAUGGGCACUACAACAGAUACUUCUCUUUCUCAUGACGAAAGAAAAGGGUAAAUAA